AUGCAUCUCCAGGACGUCAUUCUGAAGACGCACCUGGAGGUGCAAGGCUUCUGCACCGUCCGUUGGCUGUCUCGCGGAGAUGCUGUGAAUCGCUUCUGCGACGUGCUGCCAGUGCUGAUGUGGAUGUGGACGAAGGAGAAGGACGGGAUGGAGAAACUCGCUACCAGCUUCAAGUUCCACUACAUGCUUUACCUCCUGGCUGACGUGCUGCAGCUGCUCAACGGACUCAAUCUUGCCUUCCAGAAGCAGACGGUCGACAUCACAGAGGUGAAGAAUCACGUCGACAAGGUGAAGACCAAGCUGUCGCAGUACUACGUCGAGCCCAGCGCAUCCUACGGGCCGAACACCUCUCGCCUGAACAAGUUCCUUGCUGCACACGGCAGCAAGGACAAGCGCAAGAUGGAGCUCAAGGGAGUGGGUGGCGACGGCAAACCUGCAAAAGCCGAGAUCGAGCUCCACGAGGACAUCAUCGACCCUGAAAACCCGGGGGGGGGAUGCGACUUGGAGGCCUGCGUGGACCUGGCGCGGCGUUUCGCUCAGCGCCUGAUUAAGGCGCUGGGGAAGAGGAUGGCGGACCUGCGCCAUUUCGAUGGUGUUGGGUUUUUCACGCCUGAUAAGUAUCCCUUCCGUGCAGGAGAGCAGGACACAUGGCUGCAGCACCAUCUCACCGAGCUCCUGGACAUGUUCAAGAACCAGCUACCUGACUACCCGGUGGACUGGGCAGCGGCCUAUGCCUUGUUUGAGGAUAAGGGGAGGAAGGGGAGGAAGCCUGCCAACUAG